AAUUACUCAACGAACACCUCCAUUUGAUUCAUUUUCGGUUUUCCCAUCACCUCCUCUCUCUCUCUCUCUCUCUCUUUCUCUCUCUCUAUCCGACGAUGACUGAUCUACUGAGACUCUCUCUUGUGUCUCACAAAAAGCUCUGCUUCACUUAUAGCACAGACUCUAAUACUCUGAUUCCAGUAAAACGGCGUCGUAAUGACCUUCCGCGCCGCUCUCGACUUUGCUUUCGCCUCUCAGCUCCUAAUCUCGUUAUCUCGAACUCUCUCGAAACCGAACGGAUGAUUACGCAAAACGAUGCGUUUCGCAGCCGUGGCGACGAGUCGUCGGCUCUUCUCGAUGUAUCGGGAAUGAUGUGCGGGGCCUGCGUGUCGCGAGUCAAAUCGUUGCUCUCCGCCGACGACCGAGUCGACUCGGUGGUGGUCAACAUGUUGACCGAGACCGCCGCGGUCAAAUUGAAGCCUGAGGUCGCGAAGCUCGAUAUGGCUGCGAAUGUUGCGGAGAGUUUGGCUGUGAAGCUGACGGAGUGUGGGUUCCCGACGAAGAGGAGGGUUUCGGGGAUGGGAGUAACGGAGAACGUGAAGAAGUGGAAGGAUAUGGCGAAGAAGAAAGAGGAAUUGCUCGCUAAGAGUCGGAACCGAGUGUUCUUCGCGUGGACUUUGGUGGCUUUGUGUUGCGGAUCGCACGGUUCGCAUAUCUUGCAUUCUCUUGGAAUUCACGUUGCUCAUGGAUCGUUCUGGGAGGUACUUCAUAAUUCAUAUGUGAAGGGCGGUUUGGCUUUGGGAGCUCUAUUAGGACCUGGACGAGACUUGCUUUUUGAUGGUUUGAGGGCACUCAAGAAAGGUUCACCAAAUAUGAAUUCUCUAGUGGGAUUUGGAUCAAUCUCUGCAUUUAUCAUUAGUGCGGUCUCACUUCUUAACCCUGGCCUUGAAUGGGAUGCAUCAUUCUUCGAUGAACCGGUCAUGCUUCUUGGUUUCGUGCUCCUAGGACGUUCUCUGGAAGAAAAGGCAAGGAUCAGGGCAUCAAGUGAUAUGAAUGAACUUUUAUCAUUGAUAUCCACUCAAUCACGACUUGUGAUCAUGUCCUCUGAAAGUGAUUCAAAUGCUGAUAGUGUACUUUGCUCUGAUGCAAUAUGUAUUGAGGUUCCAACUGAUGACAUUCGAGUUGGAGAUUCCGUGUUGGUUUUGCCUGGAGAAACUAUUCCUGUAGAUGGAAAAGUUCUUUCAGGAAGAAGUGUUGUGGAUGAAUCCAUGCUUACAGGAGAGUCACUUCCUGUGUUUAAGGAAAAAGGCCUCACAGUCUCUGCUGGAACUAUAAACUGGGAUGGUCCUUUGAGGAUUGAAGCCUCUUCCACUGGCGCCAACUCAACAAUUUCCAAGAUUUUUCGCAUGGUUGAGGAUGCUCAAGGACAUGAAGCACCCAUACAAAGGCUUGCAGAUUCAAUAGCUGGGCCAUUUGUAUAUAGUGUAAUGACUCUCUCAGCUGCUACAUUUGCAUUUUGGUAUUAUAUUGGGACACACAUUUUUCCAGAUGUUUUGCUCAAUGAUAUUGCUGGGCCAGAAGGAAAUCCUCUGCUUCUGAGCUUGAAACUUUCUGUGGAUGUAUUGGUAGUUUCUUGCCCAUGUGCACUGGGACUUGCCACACCCACAGCAAUCCUAGUUGGCACCUCUCUUGGAGCAAGACAAGGACUUCUUAUAAGAGGAGGAGAUGUGUUGGAACGCUUGGCCAGCAUAGAUUAUGUUGCUUUAGAUAAGACAGGGACCCUCACAGAAGGAAAACCUGCUGUGUCCGCUGUGGCAUCUUUUGUUUAUGCAGAAUCUGAAAUUCUUCAAAUUGCUGCUGCAGUAGAGAAAACAGCUUCACAUCCUAUAGCAAAGGCUAUAUUAAAAAAGGCUGAAUUAUUAAAUUUGGAUAUCCCUGUCACAAGAGGGCAAUUAGUAGAACCUGGUUUUGGAACCUUGGCAGAAUUAGAUGGCCGUUUGGUAGCAGUUGGUUCCUUAGAAUGGGUUCAUGCACGGUUUCAAAGAAGAACAAGCUCAUCUGAUCUUAUGAAUCUGGAGCAUGCUGUGAUGCAAGAUUCAUCAAUAGGAAUAUCAUUGUCAAGCCAUUCAAAAACAGUUGUUUAUGUUGGACGUGAAGGAGAAGGCAUCAUUGGUGCUAUUGCAAUAUCUGAUAGUUUACGCCUUGAUGCUAGAUCUACUGUAACUAGGCUCCAGCAGAAGGGUAUCAAGGCAGUUCUCUUAUCAGGAGACAGGGAAGAGGCAGUGGCAACUAUUGCAAAGACAAUUGGAAUGGGAAGUGAUUGUAUCAAUGCCUCCUUGACUCCGCAGCGUAAAUCUGAAAUUAUCUCAACUCUUAAAUCUGCAGGACAUCGUGUUGCUAUGGUGGGUGAUGGCAUAAAUGAUGCACCUUCUUUGGCUCUUGCCGAUGUCGGGAUUGCUCUGCAGAUUGAAGCACAAGAGAACGCUGCAUCUGAUGCAGCAUCCAUUGUACUUCUUGGAAACAAGCUUUCACAGGUUGUAGAUGCAUUGGAACUUGCACAAGCAACUAUGGCAAAAGUGUACCAAAACUUAUCAUGGGCAAUAGCAUACAAUGUUGUUGCCAUCCCCAUUGCCGCUGGAGUACUCCUUCCACAAUAUGAUUUUGCCAUGACGCCUUCACUUUCAGGUGGCCUGAUGGCUCUGAGCUCAAUAUUUGUUGUCACCAAUUCGUUGCUUCUACAGCUCCAUGGGUCUCAGAGAAGCAGUAAGAACUAGCUAUGAUUUGAUGCCAAAUAUACCCGCUGUUAAAAAUUCCGGAUGAGUUUGUUUCUAGUAAUUUUUUCUGCGUUAAUCCCACGGCUUCCUUUCAUUUAUUGUGUGAUAAUGUAUAAAUAUAUAUAGUAUUUGAUAGCUGUUAAUGAUUAAAGGCUUAAAGCCUGUGUAAGAUUGUAGUAUUGUAACAUCAAAUAUUCAUAGAAGCAACAUAAGCAAGCUCGUCACAAGUUGUGUAUCCUAAAAGAUAUGGGCUCAUUGGGCUGGCCCCCUCGUAGUCCGUUAUGUAUCUCUGCUUUCUUGGUCUU